AUUUAUAAAGGGCUCGAUCUCCCCCACGGACCCCACUCCGUUCCUGCCUUUCUCGCCCUACCGCGAACCCCAAGACUGCCUCUCUGCCCUACCGUCAACCCCAAGAAACCGGUAGUCCUUGCCAAGUCUAAACUCUCCCAUCCCUGUUCCUCUACCUGAGGGCAAGAAUCACCCUCGCACUCUAAAGCGAUAUGCGGGAUGGGCCGCCUGGUUUCCCACAAGAGAUCGGGGGAGGCUACAGUGGAGAAAACUAUUACUGGUAUUUGCCAUUCGCCUUCCGAUAUGCUUGUUGUUGAACCUGAAUUUUGUCCCCAGGCUGCUGUGGAUUGGUAUGUGUUGGGUGAAGAUAGGGGCUCUAGCGGUAGUAUCCCAGAUGUGAAAGAAAAGGCAAGAAGGCAUCUUGCUGCAUUGGGGUGGGUGUUUUGGUAUGGACAGAAGGGAGCAAGGCGUGAGUUACGCUAUACUUCACCCAAGGGAAGAUGUUUUUAUUCGCUUCGGACGGCAUGCAAAGCCUGCAUUGAUCAAGGAGUCUCAGAGAAUGUUGGUUCUAAUUCUGUUUCCAACACCGAGCGUGUAAUUUCUGAUCAAGGAGGAGUUUCAGGGAAUGUUGAGUCUAAUUCUGUUUCCAAGACAGAGUGUGUUGCUUCCCAAUCUGUUUCUGAAACCGAGGAUGUUGUUUCUACUUCUGUUUGCGUUAGUGUUGGUUCUAAUUCUCUGUCUUUUACUGAGAACGUUGCUUUUAGUUCUGUUUGCGAAAGGGUUGCUUCUGGCCCUGGUUGCGAAACUUUUGCUUGUAAUGUUAAGCCUGCGGAAGAUAGAAAUUUCGGUCAUGAUUUUAAGGGUGAGUUAGCCGGUCACCCGAAGAGGAAAAAAGGGGAGGAAUUACCAGAUUCGAAGAAGAAAAGGGAACAUUCAACCAAUCGUCAGUCAAACAAUGUGAUCGGAUCAAGAAAAAGAGCACGGGAUGCCGUAAUUCCUAGUUCCUCAAACCACAAACGUCGAUCGAUUUUAUCUUGGUUGAUAGACAACGACGUCGUCUUGCCCAGGACAAGAGUGUGCUACCGUGGUAGUAAAAUGAAAGCGGGACUCAUAACUCGUGAUGGGAUCGAGUGCGAUUGUUGCUGUGAGGUGUUUACUCUCACUGGUUUUGAAGUUCAUGCGGGUAGUUCAAAUCACAGACCGGCUGCUAAUAUUAUACUCGAAGAUGGGAGGUCUUUGCAAGAUUGUAAAAAACAAGGGAUUGAGAGUAAUCAGAAUAAAAGCUUCACAACAACGUUACCAGAGAAUGAUGCCGUAUGCUCUGUUUGUCACUAUGGGGGUGAGUUAGUUUUAUGUGACCGGUGUCCAUCAUCAUUUCACAAGUGCUGCCUUGGCUUGAAGGUUGUUCCAAAUGGCGAUUGGUUUUGUCCAUCAUGUACUUGUGGAAUUUGCGGUCAUAGCAGGUUCGAAGAAGACGGUGGAGAUUCUAUGGACAAUAGUUUCAUUACUUGCAAGCAAUGUGAGCAUAGAUUUCAUUUGGGGUGCCUAAGGAGUAAAGAGUUUGUCAAUGAAAAUCAUUGGUUUUGUGGCAGAAAGUGUGAAUAUAUUUUUUUGGGCCUGUCUAAGCUUCUGGGAAAAUCAAUUCUCGUGGGUGUUUAUAAUUUGACUUGGACAUUAUUGAAGUCCGCAUAUUCUGAAAGCUGUAAUCUUGAUGCUGCUGAAAUUGAGGCUGCGAUACAGAAUGACGGCAACCUCAGUGCUGCUCUGAAUCUGAUGCACGAGUGUUUUGAGCCUGUCAAAGAACUUCGUACCAACAGAGACCUUAUUAAAGAUGUGAUUUUCAGUAGAGGAUCAGAGCUUAACAGAUUGAACUUCCGAGGGUUCUACACCGUGCUAUUGGAGAGAAACAAUGAAGUAAUUUGUGUGGCUACUGUAAGGAUUCAUGGAGAAAAGGUGGCGGAAGUACCCCUUGUUUGCACCAGGUUUCAAUACCGUAGACGUGGAAUGUGUCAUAUAUUGAUGGAUGAGCUUGAAAAGCAACUGAUGGCACUAGGAGUGGAGAGAUUGACUUUACCUGCUGCUGCUACUGCGCUGAAGACAUGGACAACUUCGUUUGGGUUCUCAAAGAUGACAGAUUCUGAGAGAUUACAGUUUCUAGACUAUACUUUCUUGAAUUUCCAAGAUACCAUCAUGUGUCAGAAACUCUUAAUCCCUAAAGCAGAGAUUGGAGACCAAUUACUUUUGGCUAGUGCUGCGAGCCCUGGGAAAUUCAAUUCAGAAUGUUUGGAUGAAGGAGCCAGAUUUAGGAAGGCAAGCAGAGGCAAUAUUACUGAUUAUUCUGAGUGCCAUGAGAGGGAGAAGAUAUCGGCCAGAAAGACCCAAAGCACUGAGUAUUUCAAGUACUACCAGAGGAGGAAGAUAUCAGCAAGAAAGACCCAAAACACUGACUAUUUCAAGUACUACGAGAGGAGGAAGAUAUCAGCCUUCAAGGGCCAAGCCCAAUUCCACGAUGUACCUGGGAGAGAUCUAGUGUCAACAUUUUAAUAUGGUUCAAAUUCUUCAUGAUAUCUACGAGUUCUUUUACGGAAUAAACGAGAAAGAGAAUUGAUAAAAAUGUUACUUUAGAUGUCUAUCUAAAUAUUGUGUGCUAAUUAGGUGAAAGUGAUUCGAGCUUAUUUAUCUGUCAAUUAAGGUUAACGUCCUUGUUAAAUUUCUUCUAUUUACCUGUCAAUCGAGAACAAAGUAUUGCAAAUACAUGAGAGUUUGGAGGUUGGCCA